CGGAGGCCCGACGAUCGUGGCAGCCUACCCAACUGAUCCUCAUUCUCACGUACAAUUUCCCUAGGCCCUUCUUCUUGUUUGGCGUUUGUGGUUUCGCAGGUAUCUGUACUCGCGCCUCCUCUGCUUACCCUCACCUGUCUCGCGACCGUCCGCUGGUCCCCUACCUCUCGCUGGCCAAUUGCCCCGCGAUCCUCUCACGCGCGCCCAUCAUAAAGCACACCCACGCGAUUAUAUCAAUACAGGCAGUAGCCCAGACGCCACCAAAAAUACCGCCAAGAUGAUGAAAAUAUGGUCUAUGAAGAAGCAGCAGCAGCAGGACGAGGCAGCCGCUGCAGCCUCGAGCAAGAAGAAGAAGGUCACCCCAGCCCAGUUACGCACACAGAAAGAUCUCGAAGAGCUAUCCCUUGGUACAACAAUGAAGACGCACUUCCCUAACCCCGACGAUAUCCUUAAUUUCGAGCUCACGAUCGACCCCGACGAGGGCAUGUACAAGGGCGGACGCUUCAGGUUCGACUUCAAGAUCAACCAGAACUUCCCUCACGACCCGCCAAAAGUCAAGUGCACACAGAAGAUUUACCACCCGAACAUCGACCUUGAGGGAAACGUCUGCUUGAACAUUCUGCGAGAAGACUGGAAGCCGGUGUUGAACUUGAAUGCGGUUGUUGUUGGGUUACAGUUUCUGUUCCUUGAGCCAAACGCGUCGGACCCCCUGAACAAGGAGGCUGCGGAGGAUCUCAAGCAGAACCGAGAGGGCUUCAAGCGCAAUGUGCGCGCAUCGCUCGGCGGUGGAACGGUCAAGGGACAGAGCUUUGAUCGCGUGCUCAAAUGAGCAGUAUGGUAUAUGGCUGGAGCAACACGAAGCUCUUCUGCAGCAAUACCCCCAAGCGCCAGUUGGAGGACGGGUACAUCACGACGGAACGAUACCGAGCCAAGGGCUCGAUGCAGGAUGUGGACU